UAUUGAUGAACUUAGAAGAUAACAAUUGCCUCUAGGAUUUCCAAGUGAUUUGUGAUCUGUGUUGUUGUCUUCUAAAAAGCUGUACGUUUAUUAUUUGUGCGUUAAGCGCAACGCGUCAUUUGGCACCUGUUCAGCAAGUUUCUUGAAAAGUGUUUAAAAAAUCAUUUUGAGCUAUUUAUGCUAACGAGCAACAGGAAAUUAGAGGCGAGCGAGGGCUGAGCGCCUACCCAAGCAGCCGUUGACCUAAUCCCGUUUAAAAGUGAAAGUAAGUGGAGCAGCAAGCCACUUGUGGGAACUGGGUUAUCUCAACAUUGAAGCAGCCUACAGGAGGAAUAAGUAACAGCGCGACAAUCAGAGCACAGCAAGGCGGUUUCAAGCAAGACCCUCAGCAGAAUAUAUAGCUACUUAUUUAUAUAUAGCUUUAAUUCUGAGACAGCUUUAAGUACGGCGACAGCAGCAACAACAAUUACGAGAAACAGCCGUGAGCACAAAACACUUAUUAAGCUGACCGCAAAUAGCGUUUUAUUAAGCAUACGCCACAUUAGCCCGUAGGCAGGCAGGGAUGGACGGACGGCCGGAGAAGCGCACAUCAAAUUAGUAAUCAAGCAACACAAAAGCAGCGCCCAGGGCUACAGUGGUGCACGGCAAGGUAUAAGCCUUGGCUGAGCCGGGUCUGGAGCUGGGUCCGCGCUGCCUGGCAGCUCGAAUGCGAGGCAGACAAAACUAAUAAGACGACUUUAUUUUUAUUGAAAUUAUGAUUAAUGACAGAAAUAUUGCACGACGGCGAUGAAGAAUCGGCGCACUGUCACGAAUUAAGGGCAAAAGCCCAUUGACCAUGAUAAUGGUAAUGAUCACAAUGAUGCUGAUGAUGAUGCCAAUGAUGAGCAUCUCGCUAAUGAUAUUGCUGCGGCCAAGGCACGAUUUCUGACGCGUUUGUCCAGCCAUGGACCACAGAGCGGACACAAUGGUGAUGAACUUAAUCAAAGGCCGUUUAAUGGGUGUCAAUGCUGUCGCCGACGCUGUUGAUUGCCGGUGUGCAAGCAACUACAAGAACAGCAAGAACGACGACAAGAACAACAGUAAUAGCAAUUAAGAGAUAUUGCUCAUACGACGCGCUGUACAAGGCAAAUUCUUAUUUGCAAAGCAUAAAGAGAAAGUGCAAGCACAAAAGAAAUUCAUAAUUUGAUGGCUUCGCCUGGGCAGCACUGCGUUGCAGCAGCAGUCCGCAGACGACGCCAUCCUCAACCUCAGCUGCACAACAACAACAACAACAACAAACUGAUCUCCACAGCCACACUGACGCUGCUCAUACUCUGUCUGAGCAGCUGCAUUGCCUACGCCACGGCAGCAGCAACUGCUACGGAACAACCAGCCGCAAGGAGCUCGGACAGCGGGAGCCCGACCGAGGACUUUAACAGCAGCAGCGCCUUCCUGGGCGCCAUUGCAGCUGCGGCUAGCUCCGUGAACAGCAGCCCCAUCGCCAUUGUCAGCUAUCCGGGCAUUACGAGCAGCACUCCGAAUGGCAGCAGCAGCACGUUGGUGUCCAUGUCCGAUACUCCGCUGCUGCUGGACGAGCUGGCCGCCGGAGAGGAGGAGUUCGAGCUGCCGCCGCUCCAAUCGGUCAUUGUGAGCAUUAUCCUGCUUAUUGUCAUACUCGGCACAGUGGUGGGAAAUGUGCUCGUUUGCAUUGCCGUUUGCAUGGUGCGCAAGCUGCGACGACCCUGCAAUUAUCUGCUUGUCUCGUUGGCAUUAUCUGAUCUCUGUGUAGCCCUGCUCGUCAUGCCAAUGGCCCUGCUGUACGAGGUGCUUGAACGCUGGAGCUUCGGCACGCUGCUCUGCGACAUUUGGGUGUCGUUCGACGUACUCUGCUGCACCGCCUCCAUACUGAAUCUGUGCGCCAUCUCCGUAGACCGUUAUCUGGCUAUUACUAAGCCGCUGGAGUACGGCGUUAAGCGCACACCACGGCGCAUGAUGCUCUGCGUGGGCAUCGUUUGGCUGGCUGCAGCCUGCAUCUCGCUGCCGCCGCUGCUGAUACUGGGUAACGAGCACGAGGACGAGGAUGGCCAGCCCAUAUGCACGGUGUGCCAGAACUUUGCAUAUCAGAUCUAUGCGACGCUGGGCUCCUUCUAUAUACCGCUCUCCGUUAUGCUGUUUGUGUACUACCAGAUCUUCAAGGCCGCACGGCGCAUUGUGCUGGAGGAGAAACGCGCCCAGACGCAUCUACAGCAGGCCAUGAAUGGCACCGGCUCGCCGCAGACUGCGACAGCACCUGCGCUGGCGCACACUGAUGUGGGCAGUGGCAAUGGCGCUGGUCAUGGACACCGGCACAGCAGCAUAGGCAACACCUCGCUUACUUACUCCACCUGCGGCGGUCUGAGCACCAGUGGUGGAGGAGGUUGUGGUGGCGGAGGCGGUGUGGGCUUAUCGCAUGGUCAUCACGGCAGCGGCGGUGGCGUAAGUGGAUCGACGGGGCUGCUAGGAUCUCCGCAUCACAAGAAGCUGCGCUUUCAGCUGGCCAAGGAGAAGAAGGCAUCUACCACGCUGGGCAUCAUCAUGUCGGCCUUUACCGUCUGCUGGCUGCCCUUCUUCAUACUGGCACUGAUCCGGCCCUUUGAGACGAUGCAUGUGCCACCGUCGCUCUCCUCGCUUUUCCUCUGGCUGGGCUAUGCCAACUCUCUGCUAAAUCCGAUUAUCUAUGCCACGCUGAAUCGUGAUUUCCGCAAGCCCUUCCAGGAGAUACUCUACUUUCGCUGCUCCAGCCUGAACACCAUGAUGCGCGAGAACUACUACCAGGAUCAGUACGGAGAGCCGCCAUCGCAGCGCGUCAUGCUGGGCGAUGAGCGACAUGGUGCACGCGAGAGCUUCCUGUGAAGCCAAAGGAUCCCUGGAUGCUUGGCUCCCUAAAUAUCUAAAGCUGUAUAUCUAUAUAUGUUGUACUCUACACGAAUAAGCCAAAAACUAACUAGUGUCUACUGCUUGGCAAGGAAUGCAAACUACAUAAGCACCACCCUCUCCCGCACACACACACCCACAUACACCCAUCUAUAUGUACUAUGCAUGAGUAUAUGUAACUGUUUACCUAUGAGUAUUUUUUGUAUGUAGUAGUGUUGCAUAACGCAAAAACAUAAUUACGAUAUAUGAUAAAAGAUAAAUGAUAAACGAUAAACGAUAAACGAUAAACGAUAAAUGUAGAUGACUCCUCUAAAUGUAACUGAACGUUGUAAUUUUUAAAUG